UGUCAACAUUUGCUAAGUAGAGAGAGUAGAUCGGAGUGAACAACUCCUUGCGUUUAAAUUUUGAAGUAUCUGUCAGCAGUGCAAUCCUCUUCCCCGGCGCUUCAGGAAUUUAAGCGCCUGAAACACGUGCGGACACACCGCACACAAUUGACCUAUGGCCUGUUUCUUAUAUUGUUUCUUCAUAUUGUCAUGAUCGUAUAACAAAUGGGCGAGAAAGUGGUUACUCGACCGUGGACCCAGAAGGAUGAUGACCUUCUCCGAGAUGCCGUGGCGAAAUAUGGCAUGCAAGAUAACUGGCAGGCCGUUGCCAGUGAGGUACCAGGUCGAGACAACAAAGCCUGUAGAAAAAGAUGGCUUCACUCUCUUUCCCCAACAGUCAAGAAAUCGCCUUGGACUGCAGACGAAGAUUAUCUUCUCCUUUCUCUCCUCAGUGCUCAUGGCCCCAAAUGGUCAUUCAUUGCGAGGCAAAUUGAAGGCAGGACAGACGAUGCAUGUUCGAAACGGUAUAGCGAAGCGCUUGAUCCUACCUUGAAGAAAGACGAAUGGACCUCCGAUGAGGAAGCCAAACUUCUACAGGUAUACAGCGUAAUCGGUGGCAAAUGGAAGGAAAUAGGAUCUCAGCUCCAGCGGAGUAGCCUGGCGUGCCGUAAUAGAUUCAAAGUCCUUCAACGUAAAAAGAAACCUAUCGUGCAAACUUCUUCAUUGACUGCACCUGCUCAGAACGAAUUUGAAUCAGGAUCUCCUUAUUACCCACCCGGAUCAUAUCCCUUGUUUCCUCCAGAGGAUGUUCCGGCUACUUUCCAGGAGCCAACUUCGAAAGUACCGCUGACGUCUACACUUCCCCCAUUUCAAUACUCCUCCUCGUCAUUAAGCGCCGCUCUCGAGGAACGACCUCCGAUCUCACAUCACUCUCCAUACUUUGAAGCCAUGCUCAUAGAUGCCACAUACGAUCAUACUUCUGGAUCAUCUGCGACCCCUUCACCCUUCACUUUCGCUCAAGAAUUCAAUGAUGGUUCGAUGUUACUGGAUGACCUCUCUGACCCCAGUCAUUACAUAACGGACAGAAAUGCUCUAUCGACUUUUUAUUUUCAUCAUAAUGACUUUGGUCUUGUUCCCGAUGACAAUGGGAUCUGCCCAACGGGACCAUCUCGAAUGGAAGAAUAUCUGCCUGCUAUCGAUACAACCGUCAAAUCAGCACCAUCGGGAAUGACGUCCGCCCUUCACGAUCAACAGGUCCUUUUCAACGAGAGCCCUUCCAGCUUUGGGUCACCUGAACUUUCGUACCCAUCUAGUCCCCUAGGUCAAAGUGGAGCCUCCUCGUCAACGUCAAGCCCCGGUGUGUCUGCACCUGCAGAACUCCCUUUUGAGCCACCACCUUUGCAGCAGUCAUUGUUGUUUUCGUCUAGUGUAGAAGUCUCGAAAGAAUCCGCGAGAUCUAGAAGGCAUAACCAACCUACUCGCCUUUCCGCGUUGCUACCCUUUUCUGACGGAUCUUUACACCCUUAUGCGUGUGGCCAUGUACAAUGCUGGCCUGCUGAUGCCUCGACCAGUGCAUCUUGUUUUCCUACUGCAAGAGAACUGUUCGAACACUCCAAGAUUCACAAGGAACCUGAAGAUGAAAAACCUUAUCGCUGUGCGCUCCCAGGAUGUAAUAAAUUCUGGAAAGUUCGUAAAACCUUUCAAUCAGUCCCACAGGAUAAUGUUCACAUUGUCCCACAGAGUCUCAAUGGUCUACAAUAUCACCUGCAACUCUCUUCCGCUCAUUUUCAGCAAGCCAUAACCAAGACUUUUUCUUCGCAAAGGAACUCUAAUAUGCAACCGGAUACCGCAGAUGGAGUAGAUUCAGACACUCCAGACCACGACUCGAAGCGAUACGUAUGUGAUCGGCCCAAUUGCUUCAAGAGUUACAAGAAUGCUAGCGGCCUUCGAUAUCACAAGAGACAUGGACAUCCCAAGACAAUACCGAUGCAACUGGACAGCGUACCGCCAGCACUCGCUCGAGAUUUACCAUCAAGAACGAGGAAGAUGCGAAAGAAGCACCAUAAUCCGAGUACUGUUGCUACUGCUGUUUGAGGAUGGCUUGAAUGAAGCCUUGUAUUUGUAGGCUACGCUAUGUAAUCACAGAAUGAAACUUCAUACGA